ACACACACAGUUUCUAUGCAAAACAAGUUGUUUUUUGGGAGAAUAGAAUCUCAGGCACUUUGAGCUCUAACACCUGGUUUUCCUCUCCCUAUUCACAAGUUCAAUUUCUCCAUUCUAUAAUUUACUUUGCCUUCUUUGUUUAAUCUUAUAUUUUUAUUAAGAUUGGUUUCAAUUUUGUUUAUGUCUGGAAAUUUAACCAUUAUUGAUACUUCAAACUUUUCUAUUUUGAUUUAUAUCAGAAUAAGUAAUGUUCCUAUGAGUCAUUUGUGACUCUGACUUAAGUACUCUGUAUUUAUUGUAAUUUUCUGAUUUAUCUGAGUUUCACUUUGCCACAAGUAGCCGAGUAAUUUCAAUAUUUUAGUUUCUAUUAUUUAGUGUGUUUGGAGCUGAGUUAGUUGAAGUGGAUAUUUUGUGUGAUGCUUAAUGAGCCAAAGAUUAAGAUCAGAUUUUUGAAACUACUAUUUUGCUCUACUUGAAGAACUAUACAGAUGAGAAAUUAUUGAUUGUAAAAUGAUUUAUGAUUUGGGAAAUUCUACUGGCUGUUACAGUGUUAAAACUUUGAAGUGUUAAUCUCAACGCUUGUUUUACCAACUUAAUGUUUAUCCUGCAGAGGUUUUGUAUACAAAAUUGAAGAAGAUUUUAAGAGUAUCUACUAUGACUGAUUUUAUAUUUGAUUUUUAAGGUGUGUGCCUAUAUAUCCAUGACGGUUGCAAAUCUAUCAGCAAGCUUAGUUUUGUAUCUUUGUUACAGGUUUAUCUCAUCAAAUGGCAGAAAUUGCGGUGAACCUUGUGAUUGACAAGUUGAUCCCUUUACUUAGAGAUGAAGUUAACCUUCAGAGAGGAGUGCCAAACAAACUUGAGUCAGCGAAAGACCAGUUGCAAAUGAUUCGUGCUUACUUAAAGGAUGCAGAUGCCAAGGCAGAAAUGGGAAAAACCAACCACUCCGUGAAAGAGUGGAUCAUGCAAAUGAGACAAGUUUCAUAUCGUAUAGAAGAUGUGAUUGAUGAGUACUUGUUGCAAUUGCACAAUAAGCUGCAAGACACUUGUGGGGUUGCUAGUGUCAUAUGUAAAAUUUGUGACUUGCUCAAAUCAGUCAUGUCCCGCCAUAAGAUUGCAUCACAGAUUGAUGAGAUCAGAGACUCAAUAGAAAGACUCAGCAGAGAAAAGGAAACUUAUGGGUUCAAUCCAUCUGCUUUGGAACCAAGGAGUGAUAUUGCCACGGUGCAUUAUCUUCGACAGGGUGCCCUUUUCAUUGAGGAUGAUCAGCUUGUGGGGAUUGACCAUAUCAAGCAAGUACUAUCCAGUUGGCUGUCAGAACAAGAUAGUCGCACUGUGAUCUCAGUGGUAGGCGAAGGUGGUCAUGGUAAAACAACGGUUGUGAACAAGGUAUUUAAUCAAAAGAAUAAGGAAGCAUCUUUUAAUUGUUAUGCUUGGAUCACUGUAUCCCGUUUGCUCAAGGGAGAGAAUCUAUUGAAGGAUUUGCUAAAGAGACUUUAUGAGGAGGCUGGCGACAAAGGAUCAGUCAAAGAAAUUAGUGAAAUGGACAGAAACGCUCUGGUAAUAAAACUCAGAGAAUACUUACAAGGAAAGAGCUAUUUGAUUGUUUUUGAUGACGUAUGGGAAGAAAGCUUUUGGGGAGACGUAGAACAUGCAUUACCAAGAGACAAGGGUAUGAUAAUCAUCACGACAAGAGAUAGGAGAGUUGCUGAGUUUUGUGGAGGUCAUGGACCAAUUCACAUCUAUGACAUGCAACCACUAAACCAUGGUGAUGCUUGGAACCUUUUUUGUGUGAAGGCUUUUCGAGAAGGUUGUCCCAAAGAUUUGAAAGGAUUGUCAGAAGAGUUUGUUAAGAAGUGCAAUGGAGUGCCACUUGCAAUUGUGGCUAUUGCUAGUCUCCUCUCAACCAAAAACAAAAAUGUCUUAGAAUGGAAAAGGGUAUAUGAUAGCCUACGCUCAAAACUUUCAAGUGAUCCCCAUCUUAGCAGCGUCCAUCAGGUUCUGUCUGAAAGUUACCAAGAUCUUAGUUACCACCUCAAGUCAUGCCUCUUAUACUUUGGCCUUUUUCCCGAGGAUUACUCGAUCAACUGUGUGAGGCUCAUUAAUUUGUGGAUAGCAGAGGGUUUUGUAGAGAACAAAGAGAAUGAUGGUCAAAUACUUGAGGAAAUAGCAGAAGAAUACUUGAAUGAGCUUAUUGCUAGGAGCUUGGUUAAAGUGGUUAAAGCGUCCUCCUAUGGCCGAGUUAGCCGUUGUAGGGUCCAUGAUUUGAUGCACGAUUUUAUUCUCAGAAAGUGUGAGGAGCUGAACUUUUGUCAAAUGAAGGAAAAUAAAAGACUCGAGUUGCAUGAGUGGACUCGGCGCUUGUCAAUUGACGAAUGUGUUGAGGAUGAUCCUGUGAAGAAAAGUGUUGCAAACUAUGGGCUAAUACGGUCUUGUUUUCUUUUUCGGAUUGAUCGAGACACACCAAAUUCCGAGUUUGAGUCAUUGUUCUCAAGAUUUAAGCUCUUGGCAAGAUUAGACUGUGAACGUGCACCUCUUGGUUAUCUUCCAAAAGCAGUUGGAGACUUAUUUCAUUUGAAAUAUUUGAGUUUAAGGAAUACUGGUAUCCGCACGAUUCCCAAGUUCAUUGGUAAGUUGCAGAAUCUUGAGACCCUGGACUUAAAAUUUACUCGGGUGCGUGAAUUGCCACGUGAGAUUAACAGACUUGUUAAGUUGCGUCAUCUUUUGGCAUAUACCUUCAGUGUCGGUGUGAAAUUGAAGGUAGGAAUUGGACAUUUAAGUUCACUGCAGAAGUUAAGAAAGGUUAAUGCACGUGAUAAUGGGGAUGUGAUUAUGAAAGAACUGAAGAAUCUGAAGCAGAUAAGGGAUUUGGGAAUUGUUAAUAUAAAUAGAAAAGAUGGGACAUUAUUAUGCAAUGCUAUAGAGUGCAUGGCUUAUUUGAGGUCAUUAUCAAUUAAAGCAGCUGAAGAAGAAGUUAUUGAGUUGGAGUCAUUAAGUGUUUGUCCUGAGAGUCUCCAACGCCUUUACUUAGAUGGGCGUUUGGAAAAGUUGCCACAUUGGGUUCCCAAACUUAAUAGUCUUGUGAAGCUGCGCUUGUAUGAAUCACACUUAACAGAAGAUCCAUUGCCUCUUAUCAAAGACUUGUCAGCACUGGUAGAGCUCCAACUUCGUGAAUCGUAUGAAGGUAAGGAGCUGUGUUUCAAAGAGGGAUGGUUUAUGAAUCUGAAGGUUUUGAGAGUUUAUCUUUCCACUUUGGUAACAUUAAAAAUAGAAGGAGGAGCAAUGCCUUACCUUCAAUUGUUGGGAUUAUCUGAACACCCUGAAAUGGUGCAGGUGCCAACUCAUGUUAGACAAGUUAUCAAAAGGAUGAUUUAGAACAUUGAGGAGGCAUUGGACGAGAUAAGUUUAGAAUUUUAACUUAUCUUGAUAACUUGCAUAACAACUCAUUUUCAUGAUUUGUUAUGUAAUUUGAUGUAGCUAUAUGUCCAUAGUAUAUUAUAUACUUUUAAUUGCUGUUAAAAGUGAAUAUUUUUUGUUAUGUAAGAAUUUGGUUGACCCAAUUUCAUCUU